AGAGGUUGAUCAGCACAUAUAGCCAUGACUCUUUGGGGUCAAGACACCGUCAGGGAUGUCGCCGAGUCUGUCGGUAUCAUCAACCUCAAUAAGGAUGUCAACCAAGCCCUCUGCCGCGACGUCGAAUAUCGGAUUUCCCAAGUUCUACAGGAGGCCCUCAAGUUCAUGAAACACGCUCGAAGGACAGUUCUCUGGUCGCAAGAUAUCGCACAGGCAUUACGAGUACUGGACCUUGAGCCCCUGUACGGCUAUGAGACGACCAGACCUCUGAAAUAUGGCGAAGCGUCGCUGGGCCCCACGCAGGCGCUGUUUUAUGUAGAGGAUGAGGAAAUGGAUUUUGAAAAGCUCAUAAACGCGCCUCUACCGAAAGUGCCGCGCGAGGUGUCAUUUACAGCACACUGGCUCGCCGUCGAGGGCGUCCAGCCAUCCAUUCCCCAAAAUCCGACGUCCAACGAGGGCCGAAACCUCGAACUCCUACCUAAAGGACCGAAUGCCAAUCCGGCUCUCGCUGCGAUGGCCGGCUCUGACAAUACUACAACAAAACCCCAAGUCAAGCAUAUUCUGUCCAAGGAACUCCAGUUAUACUUUGAGAAGGUGUGCGCGUCUGUCCUUGACGAGACACAACCCGAAUAUAGGACGGCCGGGCUGGCGAGCCUGAAGGAAGAUCCAGGUCUACACCAGCUGGUACCGUACUUUGUUCAAUUCGUGGCGGAGAAGGUGACGCACAAUCUGAAAGAUCUCUUUGUGCUCACCCAGAUGAUGCUGGUGACCGAGGCGUUGACGCGGAACGAGAAAUUGAAUCUGACACCAUAUGUCGCUUCGAUGGUCCCUCCUGUCUUGACAUGUCUCAUCGGACGAACAUUGGGUUCAGGUAUUGGCUCUCUCGAUCACUACGACCUGCGUGACCUGGCGGCGUCCUUACUGGGACAUCUGUGCAACAAGUACUCGAAGCACUCCCACAACCUCAAGCCACGUUUGGCGCGUUCGUGUCUAAAGACCUUUCUCGACCCCACGAAACCUCUCGGCAGUCACUACGGUGCUAUUCUCGGACUAAAAGCCAUCGGUGGAGCGGAGGUGGUGCGACAACUGAUUGUACCUAACCUCAAAGCCUAUGGUGAAUUGCUGGAGGAAGACAUAACCACCGAAGGAAUGAAGAAGCCGGAGGCGGAGAAAGUCAUGAACGCGAUUCUCAACGCGCUAGGAACCCUGGUUGAUGACGAUGUUCCCACGAUGAAUGGACAUUCAGAAGAGGCUCUGAACAACAUGCGAACGAGGCUAGUUGAGAAGGUUGGACCGGUAGUUGGGAACCGAAUAGCGGAUUCUGGCCAUACACGGCUGGCAAAAGCUGUUCUCGACGAUACUUUUGUGGGACUGUGAAAUCAUCUCGGGAGGGGGGCGGUUGUGUGAAUAUGGCAUCCAGCGAGGGCGUUUGGGAAUUGGGAACAAGGACUUGAGGCCCCUUUUGGUAAAAGCGAUACCCAGGCAUCUGGUUCUGGGCGUUGUUUGGAUGGAAAAGGGCAAAUGCGACAUGACCCGUAGACAUUAUUUUAACUUGCCUUGGUGCUUUGUGUAUAGAGAUUUGAGACUAUCGGCGUGACUGGCUCUAAGCGGCCCCUUGAUGAAGCAUCUUGAGGCGAUAGUUUACUAAUCCUAGAUUCUCGUCUUGCG